AAACUGCAACGCGCUGCUUUUGAUACACAAGAUACUGCUCGGCGUAUACGAGCCAAGUUUGAAACCAGGAAUAUAGGCGGUGUGUGUUUGUUUGUGUGUGUGUGUGUGUGUUUUCCCUAUUCAGUCAACGUGUAGUUGUGGUUUCCAGGUUCGACAUCCUGGUCGCUUCUGCGUAUCUGAUGUGGCUUCUGUGUGUUUAACUUUUAAGCAAACCAGGAUGUUAUCUCCCUGUUGUCCAAACUCGAAGUGCGGGUGGGGACAGGUGGAUCGGACUGAGGUCUGCCCGGAUGACAGGGCAGUCGAGUGUGAUCACACUGUUGGUCGGUACGGGAGGAUAAGCGACUCGGGAGAUCACUGGGUGCUGAUGGAUAUUAACCAGCUUGAGGAGCAGUAUGAUUCCAUGCGGCAGAGGCAGAAGGAACAGACCCAUGUUGUCUUCGGUUCAGGUGUAAUUAAACAUGCCAGAAGAGAUUUGUUCAACCCACCGAUCAAAACUGUGUCUGUCAACUGCUCAGUCGACAGACCUCCAGCGCUGGAAGAAGACCUUCCUGUCAACAAUAUCAUGCUUGCCUUUCCAAAUAAAGACUAUAUCCGGGAUAGUGAAACACCAUGGCACAUUCAUCUAGAUAUUCACCGUAUGCUGCUGGCUCAGAAAACAGGGCAAAAGAGUCAGGUGGAGGCAGACGAGAGGUCAGAUGUUCAAAGCCCCCAAUUACCUGUGGUGAGCAGAGGCACCUCAGAUGGGGGUGACACAUCAGAUGACGACCAAAAAUCCAAUGGUGAUGCUACAGCAGUUUCCUCCUGCAAAGCCAAUGAGUUAAAGGAGACAUUCCAUUCACUCUACAGAUAUAAUCACCAUAUCCCGCAGAUCAACAAAAGGUUUUCAUUUCCAAAUGAGAGAUCAAACAUAUGGGCAAGCAAAAAUGGUCACGUAACCAGAAUAUCACCGAUCACAAAAGGGGAUUAUUACCCAUUCCCUCACAUGAAGACUCCUAGGAAAUCUGACACCGCCAAGGGCCUUGGUUUAUACAACAAGUAUUAAAAUAUUUCCAACUACAGUUCCCUCAAAAAUGCAAAAUACAAGUGAAACCAACAUCUGCUCCUUCCCAAGAACUUAAUUUUGUUGUUUCUCUUUCUUAAAAAACAUCAUGGAAUCAAUUUAUUUAAAAAAUAAAAUAGCUCUUUAAGAUAGGCUACUAAGUAAACAAACUCGAUCUGUGGUGACAGGACAGGCAACACAUGCAGGGUUACUUCCCUUGAUCAUAAAACUUCUAAACCAGAUGUGUGUGUUAGUGGAGUCCAAAGAAUUUCAAAAAGUCCAUGAGUGAGGCAGUAGUUUUAUUUUUAAAGUGUCAUUAUAAUUUAUGUAAAUUAUGUAAUAAAGUAAACAGAUUAAC